AUGUCUACUUGGAUUCAGACACAGUAUUCUCACCAGCCAACAGUGGAUGGUCUCGCCGAAACCCUUGCCAUCCUUCCACGCCCACAGACGCUUGCUGGCAUAGCAGGAAUUCAAGAUCGCCAACAAACCUCCCAGGAUCAGCGCAUGGAUAAUUGGCGGGCUCGUUCCGAACACACCAAGACUAUACUUUCUUUGAUUUUUGAUCUGUGCACUGCACUUGAUAGGUUGACAGGAGGUUCCACCCUGUUAUUCCAUCACCCUGGUGCUACUGCUCCAGGCAGUGACAUUGUUCCAGAGUCGCUGAAAGCUGACAUCUAUGUCAGCCCAAGGGUGCUCGGCGAGGACUUUAAUUUACAUCAGGCAGUCGCAGAGAUGUCACAGCUAUUUAUCGAGCGCUUUGCAACUCCUCUCGCACAUUGGUUUGCAGCCUCCCGUGUGCUCAACAAUUGGCCAACACAUUCAGCAUCUAUCCGUGGCCGUGCACCUGGCAGGCUUGCCCAAGCCAUUGGUUUGAACACGUCCCUCGUGUCGUAUGUUCCACAGGGGUCUCCCCUUACGUGGGUCACGCAAGCAGUUCCUGCGACACCGAUUGCUACAAGGUCUCGGACGUCACUGGGAGCAAAAAGGACUGGACAUGCAACGGCUUCGCGCACCCUGAAAGCUCCAGUUAUUGUUUGCGAGUUCGACUCAGAUGAUAACUACCCCGAUCCCGGGCCUAUCACCCCCAUCCGUGCUAGUGCUUCAUCCGGCCCUGUCAGGGCUAGUAGUUCUUUGUCUGUGACAGCCGGCAAGCAGGCAGCUGGUAGUUCUUCGUCUGUGGCAGCCGGCAAGCAGGCGGCUGUCACCAUGUCUCACCCGUACCUCAUGUCUGCCUCGCAAGUCCAGCCAGACAUCCUGGUUUCAUUCGGUCCUGAAACUGAAAAGGUAAUCGAAGCCCUCGGGCUCCCAGACACGCUUCAUGCUGUUUGCGCUAAUAUCAAGCUGAAUUUCCUGACCAAGCGGUGGGCCAGGGUGCUUACAGAGGAAGGUCAUAUUACCGAGGAGGAUGCUGAAGCGAUUGUGCAGGCGAUGCUCUUGGACCCUGUCCUCACUCUCAGCAUAAUGAAUCCUCGCCCUCACAAUGUACGGCGACUACUCUCGCAUCAUCGCGGGCCUUACGUCAAAGUCUCAAAAGAGUUUCGAGCUUUGCUCACUCAGCAACGACGAGACAAACGCUCUAGUGAAGAUGUUGAGGUACAAGCUGUCCUCCACUAUCUGGAGGACAAAGCUACCGAGCUUGCACAGAUUUUUAGAAAGCCUCGACGCCAUUAUUUGGAGUGUUUUUCCUUGGGCUCAAAACUUCAACGGAAGAAGCGAGAGAAAACCAGCGCGUGGUCGGCAUGGGUCCACUUCAAGGGUAUCGAGCGCAAUUCCGGCAAUGAUAAGCAGUCAAAGAUGGCUGAGAUCAUCAAUGACCGAGCUGAAUACAACAGCCUUACAAAGGAAGAAAAGGAGGAGCUCGUCAAAGAGUUUGAUGAGGUCAAAAAAUGUGCCACUGAUCGUCCACCCAACAUCACCCCUCGUGUCAAGGCAAUUGAGAGCGCAAAAAGCUUCCAGGUCAUCAAGGAAGAGCUCGAUGCCAUGUCACAACGUGUUGGCAUCGAAGCCUUCAUUUUUAUGGUCCGCAACACAUCGGAUUUCCAAAUGGCACCCAAGGCUUACUUUACCAGCACCGAGUGUGAACAAUUCAUACGUGUUUACUUGCGGCGCGACGCUGCACGCACAGCUACUGACUUCGAGAGUGCCAUGCUGUCAAAGGGGAUUUUCAAUUAUCUAAUUCUUGUUGUAGCUGCGCCAUCCAACCAUAAAGAACGUGUAUCGAGGGCCAAACUAUCCAUCCGCACUGGCUUACGAGCCUCUCGUUGUGAAGUGACCAAUGAUGCAUCAGCUACUGUCGAGUUUACGAAAUAUGAGGCCUCGGUUGUUCGCCGCUAUCACGUCAAACUCGUGGGAUGGAACCACCCCCAAUGGGUCAAUCCAUCAGACCUGAAGGGUGGUGUUGAGGCACUCGAGAGGGUUGCCGAUGCCAUCAAGGCCAAGACCUGCCGCUUCGUGACGAUUAGUGUGGAGGAAGUCGAAGAACGAAGAAGAAAGAUUAUGGAUCAUGGAGCUGUACUGACUCCUGAAACGGAGCCCGCCAUUGUACCUUCUACAUUAGAGCCUUUGCCUAACUCGGUUACCUCACACUCUCAGACCCUGCCCUUCUUACGUCCUCGGGUGCCUUGCCAUUUGUCACUCCUGAUUCUCAUUCAAAGCGCUGAGUCUGUUGUAUCACCGCCGGCUCCCAUUGUCAAUCCUAACACUGAUGAUGCAAUAGAAGACACCCUUCAGACACUAGGAAGUGCUCAAAUCCCACCUCCUCCAACAACAACAGAGCCCCCCGUCGAACCCAAUGUCAAUAUAACAGAGCCCCCCGUCGAAUCCAAUGUCAAUAUAACAGACCCCCCCGUCGAACCCAAUGUCAAUAUCUGCCGCCGUAAAAACCAGGUGGAGGCUGACGAGAACGAUGAACUGCAGCCACGUGCAAAGCGGGCAAGAAAAUUGACUGCCAAACAGGCAGCACUUGAGGAGGCGGCAAGAGGAAGGCAAGCUGUGCAGGGCAAGAAGACUGAGCAGGAAGAAGAAAAAAACUACUUAGUCUUCUCAUAG